AUUUUAUCAAAUUUCAGUGAUGCUGAAAAUUGCUUAAAAAUUAAAAUUUUUGUUUUGUUUUAUAUACAUGUAUAUAUUUUUAUACAGAUACGAAGGUGACAAAUCAAUUCACUUUGGGUCAUUUCGUAAGAAUCCAUUUCUUUUUAAAUUACCCUGGAAAUAUAUUUAUAAUAUAUUACUGCGUUUUGUGUGAUUAAAGUUAAACGUUUUGAAUUAUUAUGCUGUGUACAGGAAAGAAAUCAUUUGGAAACCUACGAGGAGAUUUCUAGUGAGCAAAAUGAUACCGAUAUCUUCGCCAAUCUAACGUUCCGCUUUACUUGCGAGAACAUGCCAUCCGGUUUUUACGCCGAUGUAGAUUACAAUUGCAGGAUAUUUCAUGUUUGCGAAAAUUCCGGCCGUGGUUUCCCAGUGAUUUGCGCUAACGACACAGUGUUUGAUCAGAAACAGCGGAUAUGCACGGACGAGGAAAAUAUCGAUUGUCAGCACGCUUAUGAAUGGUACUACUUGAAUGAGCUAACUUAUUCUGCAGAAAUUGAAUCGAGAACGAUUACAGAAGAAAUCACAGAGGAAGACAAAUCGAAAGUGGUUCAAGAGGAGGAUGUAGUGCCUUCCGUUUUGCCGCUCAUGAUUGACUAAAACUCUUUUUAUCUUACAAUUUAUUAUAUAUUGCUGUACGCAUUUCACAUUUAUAUUACGUUACAAGAGUAAAAAAUCGACACAUCAAA